GCCAGCACAACAGCUACAGAAAGCACCACAGCUGUUCCAACAACUGUAGCCAGCACAACAGCUACAGAAAGCACCACAGCUGUUCCAACAACUGUAAGCAGCACAAGUGAAGCCAGCACCUCUACAACUGAAGCUACAUUUACAUCCACAGUUGCAGACACAACAACCUCAACAAUUGGCAGCACGGAGUCCUCCACUGUCAGCAGCACUACCGCUGAAGUCACUUCAACAAGUACAGAACCUAGCACCACAAGUGAAACCAGCGCAACAACAAGCAGUACUGAAGCCAGCACAACAGCUACAGAAAGCACCACAGCUGUUCCAACAACUGUAGCCAGCACAACAGCUACAGAAAGCACCACAGCUGUUCCAACAACUGUAAGCAGCACAAGUGAAGCCAGCACAACAGCUACAGAAAGCACCACAGCUGUUCCAACAACUGUAGCCAGCACAACAGCUACAGAAAGCACCACAGCUGUUCCAACAACUGUAACAACCUCAACAAUUGGCAGCACGGAGUCCUCCACUGUCAGCAGCACUGCCAGCACAACAGCUACAGAAAGCACCACAGCUGUUCCAACAACUGUAGCCAGCACAACAGCUACAGAAAGCACCACAGCUGUUCCAACAACUGUAACAACCUCAACAAUUGGCAGCACGGAGUCCUCCACUGUCAGCAGCACUGCCAGCACAACAGCUACAGAAAGCACCACAGCUGUUCCAACAACUGUAGCCAGCACAACAGCUACAGAAAGCACCACAGCUGUUCCAACAACUGUAUUGCAGACACAACAACCUCAACAAUUGGCAGCACGGAGUCCUCCACUGUCAGCAGCACUACCGCUGAAGUCACUUCAACAAGUACAGAACCUAGCACCACAAGUGAAACCAGCGCAACAACAAGCAGUACUGAAGCCAGCACAACAGCUACAGAAAGCACCACAGCUGUUCCAACAACUGUAA